CAUAAGAUUUUUCUCGUUCAAUGUUCAUUUUAGCCUCCUGGUACUGGUAAAUCAUAUUUAGCUAAAGCUAUUGCUACUGAAUGUAAAAGUACAUUCAUUUCGGUGAGCUCGUCCGAUCUUCUCUCGAAAUGGUUGGGUGAAAGUGAGAAAGGUGUGAAAGGUCUAUUUGAACUUGCUCGUGAACGACAACCAUGUAUUGUAUUUAUUGAUGAAAUUGAUGCUCUAUGUGGACAACGUAAUGACACUGAAUCUGAAUCAUCAAGACGUGUCAAAACUGAAUUUCUUAUUCAAAUGCAAGGUGUUGGAACAGAUAAUUCAGGUGUUCUUGUUCUUGCUGCCACUAAUAUUCCUUGGACAUUGGAUACAGCUAUUCGACGACGUUUUGAAAAGCGAAUCUAUAUCCCACUACCUGGUGUGAAUGAGCGAGCAGCUAUGUUUAAAACACAUCUGGGCGUUAAUAGUUAUCAUACAAUAAAAGAACACGAAUGGAUGCAAUUAGCAGAAAAAUCUGAACAGCAAGUUUUUUUUGUUUUUUUACCUGUUGUUUGUCGAGAAGCAUUACUAAGACCUAUUCGACGACUUGGUUCAGCAACUCAUUUCAAACGAGUGCCAAAUCCAAAGCCUGAUGGUCCUCGACAGCUUUGGCUUGUUUGUUCACCUGGAGAUCCAGAUGCUCAAGAACUAACAUUAGAUAAAAUAAAAUCUGAUGAAUUAUGUGAACCACCAGUCUCCAUGUCGGAUAUGUUAGCUGCUCUUGCUACACAAAAA